CCGUUCGCUUAAUAAUAGGGUUAGGGUUGCGGCGAGCUCCCCUUCUCGCCGGCGGCUGCGGCGGCGGAGAUGGGUGUCCCAUCGUUCUACCGCUGGCUGGCGGAGAAGUACCCGAUGCUGGUGGUGGACGUGGUGGAGGAGGAGCCCGUCGAGAUCGAGGGCGUCAAGGUGCCCGUCGACACCUCCAAGCCCAACCCCAACGGCCUCGAGUACGACAACCUCUACCUCGACAUGAACGGGAUUAUCCACCCGUGCUUCCACCCCGAGGACAGGCCCUCGCCAACAACAUUUGCCGAGGUCUUCCAGUGCAUAUUUGAUUACAUAGAUCGGCUCUUUAUCAUGGUUCGCCCUCGCAAGCUCAUGUACAUGGCCAUUGAUGGUGUGGCUCCUCGCGCUAAGAUGAACCAGCAGCGCUCGAGGCGAUUCAGAGCUGCAAAAGAUGCAGCUGAUGCGGCUGCUGAAGAAGAAAAAUUGCGUGAAGAGUUUGAGAGGGAAGGCAGAAAACUUCCUCCAAAAAAUCAAUCGCAAACCUGUGACUCUAAUAUUAUUACUCCAGGGACAGAGUUUAUGGCUGUUCUAUCAGUUGCUUUGCAGUACUACAUCCAUCUCAGAUUGAAUUAUGAUCCUGGGUGGAAACAGAUUAAAGUUAUUCUUUCUGAUGCCAAUGUUCCUGGUGAAGGGGAACACAAAGUUAUGUCCUAUAUUCGUGGCCAAAGGAAUCUCCCUGGAUUUAACCCGAAUACCAGACAUUGUCUGUAUGGCCUGGAUGCAGAUCUUAUCAUGUUAGCUUUAGCAACACAUGAAGUACACUUCUCCAUACUGAGAGAGGUGGUUUUUACACCUGGACAGCAGGAUAAAUGCUUCAUAUGUGGCCAAGUUGGACAUCUAGCGGCAAAAUGUGAAGGAAAGGCAAAACGGAAAGCUGGGGAGUACGAUGAGAAGGGUGAUGAAAUUGUACCAAAGAAACCUUACCAGUUCUUGAAUAUAUGGACCCUACGGGAAUACAUAGAAUACGAGUUCAAAAUGCCAAAUCCACCUUUUGAGAUCGAUCUUGAACGUAUCAUUGAUGAUUUCAUCUUCAUGUGCUUUUUUGUUGGCAAUGAUUUUCUUCCACACAUGCCAACACUAGAGAUCCGUGAGGGAGCUAUUAAUUUGCUAAUGGCUGUAUACAAGAAGGAAUUUCCUUCAAUGGGUGGCUAUUUAACUGAUGCUUGCACGCCGGAUCUGAAUAGAGUUGAACACUUCAUUCAGGCAGUUGGUGCGUUCGAGGAUAGAAUAUUUCAGAAAAGAACUCAAAUUCACAAGCGUCAAGCGGAAAGAGCAAAACGUGACAAGGCCCAAGCAAAGCGAGGUGAUGAUCUGGAUCCCCAUGUCAGGAGUGAUCUUAUUGUGCCUGUUGCACGUUUCCAAGGGUCUCGCCUUGCCUCUGGGUCUGUAGCUGCACCCUACGAACAGAAUGGCUCUCGUAAAGAUAGUACCGAAAAGGGCAGCCGAGAUAAGAAAGCACGUGUUUCAACGUCAGGUUCCAGCCUUUCUGCUGCUGUUGUUGAAGCUGAAAUUGGCCUUGAAGCACAGGAACGUGAAAACAAAGAAGAUUUGAAGUCGAUGCUAAAAGAUGCACUUCGUGAGAAAUCAGAUCUUCUUAAUUCUGAAAAUCAAGAGGAGGACAAUGUAAAGCUUGGAGAACCUGGAUGGAGGGAAAGGUACUAUGAAAAUAAGUUUGGGGCAAGAACACCUGAGCAGAUUGAAGAAAUACGUAGAGAUGUUGUUCUCAAAUAUACUGAAGGUUUGUGUUGGGUAAUGCACUACUAUUACGAAGGUGUCUGCUCAUGGACAUGGUUUUACCCUUACCACUAUGCCCCCUUUGCUUCGGAUUUAAAAGGACUAGGCCAGCUUGAUAUAACUUUCGAACUCGGGUCACCGUUCAAACCAUUUGAUCAGCUUAUGGGAGUUUUUCCAGCAGCGAGCUCGCAUGCACUCCCUCUACAGUAUCGGCAAUUGAUGAGUGAUCCAAGUUCGCCUAUAAUUGAUUUCUAUCCGAUUGAUUUUGAGGUCGAUAUGAAUGGAAAAAGGUUUUCUUGGCAGGGGAUAGCGAAACUGCCCUUUAUUGAUGAAGCUAGGUUGCUGGCUGAGAUUAAAAAAGUUGAACAUACUUUGACGCCUGAAGAAGCAAGGCGAAACAGUACAAUGUACAAUAUGCUUUUUGUGAAUGGCUCCCAUCCGAUUUCGCCCUAUAUCUACUCUCUCAGCAGUAAAUUUGGACAUCUAUCUGAUAAUGAGCGAAAUGAAAUUAAAGAACAGCUCGAUCCUUCUGCUAGCGGAGGAAUGAAUGGUUACAUCUCACUUUGUGGUGGGGAUCCAAGCCCGCCUAUCUUCAGGUCUCCUGUGGAUGGACUAGAAGAUAUUAUGGACAAUCAAGUGAUAUCUACAAUUUACAAGCUUCCAGAUCCUCACAAGCACAUAGCACGCCCACCUGUUGGUGUUAUCAUACCCAAGAAGAUUGUUGAAGCUGGUGAUCUGAAACCACCACCUGUUCUGUGGCAUGAAGACAGUGGCAGGAGGGCUUAUGCUAAUAACAGAAGGCAUUCUGAUUACAGUAGCAGGCCAAACCCUGCAGGAGCGAUACAUGGCCGCCAACUUGGGGAAGCUGCCCACCGACUAGUUGUGAACAGCUUGAAUGUUCGCGGCGGUGGGCAGUAUGCUCCGGCUAGGCCGUAUCAAACUAUAAUGAAUGGUAUGCAUUAUCCAAACGGAAUGCCACCAAGGAUGGAGCAGCCUGCUGGACGUCCUGGUUGGCAUGUUCCUAGCGAUAUACCAAAUGGUCAUGGACCACCUUAUGCACCGCCAUCAGGUCAUCAGUAUACAAGAGAUAAUCGUGGAAGACACCAAUCUUAUGCAAGAGAUAGCCACAAUGAUUCGAGAGGAGUGGGUCGGCAUCAAUCUGGACACCAUCAGAGUAGUAGCCACUCAUACUCAUCACAUCCCGCUCCUCCAUCAUCGGGUUUUGGACGUUAUGGGCAACCCCCAUCUCACACUGGGGGGUAUAGUGGUGCCUACCAGCCUGCACCAUAUGCAGGGGCCCAGCAGUGGCAGCAGCAACAACCUCAUAGUUCCUAUUCAGGGGGUGGGGCACCUCCUGCAAGGCCUAAUUCACGACCACAUCAAUCACAAAACCGCUAUGGCACCUUAGAUAGGACUUCAAACAGGAGACCACCAGGUCAGGGCCGCUACUAGGCCCGUGUCCUCUUUGGUUCUAGCCCUGGUUUUGCUGUUACUACUUACUAGAACUUACUUGGCUUACAUCAGGUAUAGGAAUAGACACAUCAUUUGCAAAGUCUGGUGAUCUUGAAGCUUCUUGGUUUUGGCAUAAAAGGUACCCAUGGAGAAAUGUUGUAACUACCGUUAUUGCCAGACCACCAGAAAGUUGAUUAGACAAUAUAUUUGCAAAAUCUGGUGAUCAUCAAGUUUCUUGGCCGUGGCAGCGAAAAUUCCAAGGGACAAGUGUUGUAUACUAGCAAUUGUUGUCUUAUUUCUGUUCUUUCAUUUGUAGCCGUUUAAGCAGAACAUUAUAUAUAAGUUCCCAGUGCGAUUGGGAAGAUGUCCAACAAGUUUUGUAUUGUAGAGAUAAUUUAUGUAUCUGGAUUCAUUCAAUUUUGAUGAUGGAUAAUUAGAUCGAUACACAAGUUCUUUCUUUG